GCGGAAUUGCAGAAUGCCUCUCGUAACAUGUUUUAAGACGAGUGUAAAGAGUUACGGAAAAGAAAUUAAACUUAAGACCUCGCAUUUCAUUCUACAUACCAGCUAAAAAGUGUUAAGAGGAUGAAUUUGGUAAUCAAAUGUGAAAAACAAGAUGGAUGUGAAAUACUGCCACAUAGACGAUGAGGAUGGAGAAAAAUUGGACUGUUUUGGAUAUUGCUCUAACAUUUUCAAGAGCAUCAUUUAUUACUUGCUGGGGUGCUGCACAGGAGGAUUUAUUUUUCUUGUUGCCUAUUGGCGUCCAGACUGGGCUCUCAAGUUCAAAUGUUCUCCAUGUACUUUAAAAAAGGCUACUCAGGUGCUCCUAAAGACCUCUUAUGGAGCUUGGUUUGUAGAAGAAAUCCAAACUAUCAUUGUGGACAAAGAAAGAUCACAUUCAAAUUCCACUUGUACUGUAGAGUUUGAUGAAGCUGACAAUUGUAAUCAUUAUGAUGAAACUGAGAGACUUCUUGGUGUGGCAGAUUCAGGAGGCUUGAUAUCACAGAGAAAAUACUUUUGCCACAAGUACCUCAGAUAUGUAUGGAAUGAGGACCAAGGAAGAUUUCAUUUUUUGAGGGGCCUUGAUAGUGGAUCUCACCCUGGAUUAUUUUACCAAUGUCCAUCUGGAUUAUCAUUAGAUGAAGUUCAAAUCAGACAGAAAAUGUAUGGCCCAAAUGUUAUUGAUGUUACUGUAAAGUCAUAUUGGAGGCUUUUCCUUGAAGAGGUUGCAGAUCCCUUCUAUGUGUUCCAGUUCUGCAGCAUUGUUUUAUGGUCAACUGAGGAUUACUACUACUAUGCUCUUGCCAUUUUGAUAGUCACAGUGGUUUCAAUAACAAUCACAGUAUACCAAACAAAAGUGCAUCUUGAGAGAUUGCGAAGCAUGGUGGCAGUGUCAGAGAGAGUCACUGUGCUGCGAAAUAAUGCAGAUCAAAUAGAUGUAUCAUCUGAUGAACUUGUUCCUGGUGAUUUGCUGGUCAUUCCACCUAAUGGGGCACAAGUUCACUGUGAUUCUGUCCUUAUUAGUGGUAACUGUAUUGUCAAUGAGAGCAUGCUAACAGGUGAAAGUGUUCCAGUCACAAAGAUUCCAUUGCCUUAUAUAAAGAGAUUAUCAAACAGUCCUUUGGAACAGAGAGAAGACCAGUAUAGCCCAGAACGGCACAAGAGACACACUCUCUUUAAUGGCACCAAUGUCAUACAAACCCGUUACUAUGGGAAUGUCAGGGUGCUAGCAGUUGUUGUUAGAACAGGAUUCUCCACAACCAAGGGUGGCUUAAUGCGUUCCAUUCUUAGUCCAAAACCAGUUGGCUUCAAAUUCUUCCGUGAUUCUAUGCGUUUUAUUGGCCUUAUGACAAUUCUUGCAAUGGUGGGAUUUUCGUACAGUGUGUACAUCUCAGUGGUGAAUGGGAUGUCUGUUGGGAAAAUUUUGGUGAGAUCUCUAGACAUCAUCACUAUUGCUGUUCCACCUGCUUUACCUGCAGCAAUGUCCGUGGGGAUUGUUUAUGCUCUACAGAGGUUGAAGAAAAAACAGAUCUACUGUAUCAAUCCCUCAAGAAUCAGUGUUUGUGGAAAACUCAAGCUGAUCUGUUUUGAUAAGACUGGAACAUUAACAGAAGAUGGUUUAAAUCUCCUGGGAGUAUUGCCAGUGCAAUCUGCAAGAUUUGGCACAGUGGUAUCAAAUGCAGAAAAUAUUUCUCAAAAACCUAUGUUAGCUGCCAUGGCAACCUGUCAUUCUUUGACAAUGAUUGAUGGUAGAUUGAGUGGUGAUCCUCUGGAUCUCAAGAUGUUUGAAGCUACUGACUGGAUUCUCGAGGAGCCAGGGGAAGACAAUACAAAGUUUGACAAUAUAGUUCCCACAAUUGUUAAACCCAAAACUGCUGAGGAGUUCAUUAUCGAGUCUGCUUUAAAAGGGCAUACUCCCUAUGAAAUAGCUGUCCUUCGACAGUUUCCAUUUUCUUCAGAACUGCAGCGUAUGAGUGUUGUGUGUCGUACUCUUGGUGCCCCCAAUAUGGAUGUUUAUGUAAAAGGUGCUCCAGAAACUAUUACAAGUCUGUGCCAACCACAAACAGUUCCAGGAGAUUUUACCAAUGUUCUGCAGCACUAUACCACGAAAGGUUACAGAGUUUUGGGUUUGGCAUGGAAACCACUGGAUUCUAAACUGUCAUGGCAUCAUGUCCAUAGAGUUACACGGGAUCGAAUAGAAUCAAACCUGCAAUUCCUGGGAUUUUUGAUUCUUCAAAACGCAGUGAAACCCCAGAGUUAUCCUGUUAUAAGAACGCUUCAAAAUGCAGAUAUCAGAACUGUAAUGGUGACAGGUGAUAACAUGUUAACAGCUGUGAGCGUUGCUAGAGACUGUGGAAUGAUUGCACCUACACAUCAGGUUGUCGAACUAACUGCUAAGCUGAGUGAGGACCACUCUCACGAAAUUCAUGUCAAUUGGUGUGUUGUUGGAGCUGUUCAAAGUCGCAGCCAUGAUUAUAAGACUGAGCGUAAUUACAUAGAUGGAGGAAGAAGAUGUAUUCACGUGGCAGUUUCAGGGAAAACAUUUGCUUUAAUCAGAAUUCACAAGCCUCGGCUAUUUAACAAGUUGCUUAUGUCAGGAACUGUAUUUGCUCGAAUGUCACCUGACCAAAAGACACAUCUUAUUCAAGGGUUGCAGAAUCUGAAUUACUGUGUUGGGAUGUGUGGAGAUGGAGCUAAUGAUUGUGGGGCUCUUAAGGUGGCACAUGCAGGAAUUUCAUUGUCACAAGCAGAAGCAUCUGUGGCAUCUCCAUUUACUUCAAAGAUUCCACAUAUUGAAUGUGUACCUGCUGUAAUAAGGGAAGGCAGAGCAGCUCUGGUAACAUCAUUUGGAAUUUUUAAGUACAUGGCUCUUUACAGUAUUGUGCAGUUUGUCUCUGUUCUCUUACUUUAUUCGAUUUCUUCUAACCUUGGUGACUGGCAGUAUUUGUACAUUGAUCUAGUCAUUAUUACAAGCCUGGCUCUUGUCAUGGGUAAGACAGAGGCGUAUCCAAUGUUGGUGGCUAAGAGACCUGGAGGAAGUCUUAUGUCUCCAAUCGUUCUUUUUUCACUGAUAUCCCAUAUUGCUGUACAAACUGUCGUGCAGGUUGCUGGAUUUUAUUACGUACGGUCCCAGUCAUGGUAUAGCGCCGUCCACGUCACUGAAAAGAAUGCUACAUAUGUGAAAUGUCAUCAGAAUGCUGUUUUGUUUGCACUGUCUUCUUUCCAAUAUAUACACUUGGCAGUAGUCUUCUCUGGUGGAGCCCCUUAUCGUAAACCAUUUUAUAAAAGUGGAUAUUUUCUAUUGGUCGUGGUAUUUCUAACCCUGUUUACAGGAUUUUUAGUUGUUCUUCCAGGAGAAACGUUGCAGCUUUUUUUUGAGCUAGCAACGAUCCCAGAUAAAAUCUUCAAGUGGACGCUUCUUGGUAUUGCGGCAUGCAAUUGUCUCAUUUCUCUUUUCAUUGAGAUGUUCAUUGUUCCGUCACAAUGGCUGAAGAAAGUACUCAAUCGUCUUUUUUGCAAAACUCGCCCAAAAAAUUACUUCCGAAUUUUGCAGCAUCAACUUGAGCAUGAUUUUGACUGGCCUCCUUCUGAAAGCUGAUUCUAAGUUAGUUAGACCUUUAUUUGUAUCUUCAAAUUGAAACUUAGCUGGAAGUUCCUUGUGAUGUGGUUACUAAUUCCUGUUGGUUACAUUUCUCUCGGUUUUAAUGUGGCGAUAUUAACGACGAAACUGCACUUUAUGUUACUAAUUACAGCAGAACUUACCGACCAGACUCGUAGAUCCUUUCUCUUAAAUUUUAUCAGAGGAGUGGAUUCAGCUUUAGAUUUGUCUGAUUUUACAGGAAAUGCAGGAAUUCGCGUUUUGAAUGGACCAUGCUAAUUUGAAUCUCCAAAUUUAACUAACCAGGAAGAUGAUGCCCAUUUAGAGAUGCCAUGCAAGUUACUUGUGGUACAAGUUUGCAUAUAUUCUCUAUUAAUGACAUAAUCUCAAGUUAUCAGGGAAAGGUAUAAAGCAAGCAAAUUAAGUAGAAAAGAGAAAAGGCUUGCCAUAUGACAACAUCAGAGGAAGCAACAGUAUAGCCCUUUCAUGAGAGUAUGUUCCUGUAUGAGAGGAUACUAAGUCAGAUAUGGCAUGCAAAGGUAUUUCAUAAGUCUUAGCGUGGACUAUGUGUAACUAUGCCCCCUCUAUACGUAUGAGAAAUCGAAUAAACGCGAAUAUGAUUCGUGUCUUAUCAGAGCGAGUUAUGUUUUAAAGAAUUUCUCAAUUGAACAA